CGCCUCUCUCAAUCUGUGGUUCAAUGAGUGAAAUCGUAUUUUUUUUUUAUUGAUCUGGUGAAGAGGCAAAGAAACUUUGAUCAUACUCCUAAAUUUUUAUUAAAUAUUAAAAUAUUAAAGCCAUGCGUCAGUUGUAUUGUCAUGGUCUUUUCAUGAAAACCCUAAAAACUAUGCCUAUGAUAUUUUCUUGUAAUUUUCAAAGUACAAAGGAUUUAGCUGUAGGUGCUUACAUUUCGUUUACAAUGGACUAAUCAAACAAGAAAAUUCAAUACGUUCACGUUGUUUGACUUUUGGCGGGAACGCGGGGCGAGAAGUUGUGUGAAUUGUUUUAUUUAUUAAAUUAGUCUUUCUUUGGGUUUCAAUGUGUAAUAGCAGUGGUUUAUUAAAUGUUUAGUACCCGUGAAAGGGCAAAAAUGUGGAAAAAUGAAACAAAGCCGCCGCGGCGCCGUGCUGGGUGUAGUUUCCCAGGAUCUUCCAAAAAGUCUCAGUAAAUAACCAUAUCACUCAGACUAUACUUCAUCCCAACUCAUCUUGUUUCAUUUACUUUCAUCCUAAUUGAUUCAUAUUUCAAAUUAAUUAAUUUAAUUUCGUUCUCUUCAUUUUUCAUAAAAAAGGAACAAUUUGGUUGUAAGGUGAUACUUUCGCCUUUCCAGUUAGAAAAAGGGAAGUACUACCACUUGACAUAUUUCUCAAAUUGUCACCAAUGAUUACAAAAUUUACCUUCAUUAAUUAAACUGUUUUUAUCUGAUUGUUACUGGCCUACAAUCAUUGGGGUUUUAUAAAUUUCUUAGAUAAAUUGAAAUAUUUAAACUAUCACAAUGACAAUGGGCGAUGAAUUGCCUGUGACUUCUUUGGUAUUACCAGUUUUAAUUCGCCCUGUCCUAACGCAGCUGGAGAAAUAUGAUCUGGCUGCCUCUCAGACAUUACGAGCAGCUCUCACCAAAGCAGAGGCUGCAGUACCUGGUCUUAAUUAUGAUUUGGUGGCAGGAAUCAUGAGGAGAGCAGAUAUUCCUGUUAAUAUGAAUGAGAGCUUAUUAAGAUUACAAGGGAGUCUCACAGAUUCAGAAUGUACUGAUUUAAGGCUGAACAGGACUGAAGAGGCAUUUCAGGAGCUUAAUAAGAAAUCUGCUGCUUUGAAAAAGAUACUGAGUCGCAUUCCAGAUGAGAUAACUGAUCGGAAGACUUUUCUUGAGACUAUCAAGGAAAUAGCCUCUGCCAUAAAAAAAUUACUGGAUGCUGUAAAUGAGGUAUCUACAUAUACUCCAGGUCCUGGGAAGCAAGUAUUAGAACAGAGGAAAAGAGAAUUUGUAAAAUAUUCAAAGCGAUUUUCUACUACACUCAAAGAAUACUUUAAAGAAGGACAAGCAAAUGCUGUUUUUGUGAGCGCUCUUUAUUUGAUUCAUCAAACAAAUCAGAUACUGUAUACAGUAAAGAGCAAGACUGAGUAAUAUGUGAAAAAUGGAAAUAGAUGUUGAUUCUAUGGCGCUCUUGCAAAGAACUUACUAGAAAAUUACUCUCACUAAUGCCUAUGUUGUUAAACAAAAAAAAAACCACUUUUUCUUCAUAUCACCUGAUGUCUUCGAAAAUUGUUUUUAAAAAUCACACAUUAAGCUGUUUAAAGGAAUUGGGAAAAUGCUGUUUUUAAUUAUGAAUAAAAAAGCUGAUUUUAUGUUUGACGAAUAGUUAUCUUGAUGGUCACUUAAUAAUUAAAAAACUCUAUAUAUGUAGUUCAAAAAUAUUGAAUUUUUGAACUAGACUUUUUAAAUUUAAUUAUCACAUACAUGGAAAUGGGAUUUUACAACAGCUCGAAAACCACUCGCCUGUCCAUCUUCUUGGUGGGAUUAUUAUUCCUGCUACCCUAACAAUUCUAAACAGUUGAUUAGUCUUCUUAUGCAACAACAAAGGUAUCUUGAGGUGCCAAAGUAUUUUGCCUCAUAAACUGCGGUUGAAUUCCGUUCCAGUAGAACGCAAGCAGCUGGCUCAAACAGAGGACCAUCAGUAGAAUCUGUAACUUAAAAAUUAUUAAAAGGACUGUAACUUGUUAUGCCACUGUCGCCACUGACCACUGUAUGUAACAAUAUUUCUUUUAGUACUGUACUUUCCUGUACAUUUUCCUGCCCAGGCUGAUAGUUGUGCUUUUGUGUACCUACUGUGUGAUCGAUUUGCAUAGCCAGCUGUUGAGCAGAGAAACAAUCUGUUCAUGACUUAUCCCUAUGAUGUUUGAGUGUUUUCCUACUAGUUCAUCCGCAGCGUCAUUUCCCCGGGAGCCCUUGUGUCUUUAGAUUCAUUAGACAGCAGGUAAAAUUCAAGAAAUAAGCUUGAGGUGAUGCGAUGGCCUUUUAAGUGUCGCAGAACAAAUUUGUUGUCUGAAAGUUCUUAUAUUUAUUAUUAAAGGUAAAGUGUAAAAAUGCUCGGAGUUUCUCUGAAGGAUAAAAUCCGGAAUGAGAUUAUUCGACAGAGAACUAAAGUCAUCGACAUAGCUCAAAGAGUCAGCAAGCUGAAGUGGCAGUGGGCUGGCCAUAUAUGCCGUAGGACUGACGAUCGCUGGAGCAGACGGGUUCUCGAGUGGAGACCGCGCAGCGGCAGACGUAACGUGGGACGCCCCUUGGCUCGGUGGUGCGAUGACCUCCGCACGGUGGCCGGCAAGAAGUGGAUGAGGAGAGCCGCAGACCGUGCUCAGUGGUGUGGAUUGGGAGAGGCCUAUGUCCAGCAGUGGACGACUGUGGGCUGUUGAUGAUGAUGAUGAUGAUGAUGAUGUAAAAUGAUGACAUAUGACGUACAUUACAGUGCUCAUAAAAUAAAUUGUUUUUAAAUUAUGUACUUGCCAUGCUCGUUAAUCUUUCCUAUAUUAAAAUUUUAAAAUAAUUUUAUUCAGAAGGCUAUUUAAAAAAAAAGAUGGCGAAGACUUGAGAGAUGAUGAUGAUCCCUUUGUUAGAAUAUUUUGAGACAGAAAAAAAUAAAAUUUAUAUUUCAUAAUUUCCUAACUAUUUCAUAACUAAAUCUGUAGAAUGUAUUAUUCUACCUCAUAUCUCAAGAUCGUUAGCAGCAUUCGAAUUGGGGUGUCUGUAGACCACUCAAAAUCUGUUCAGUAGAAAAAUAAUAAAACACAAGACAGGAGAGGGGCGGGAGAUAGAAGACAGGAGAGGGCCGGGAGAUAGAAGACAGGAGUAGACACGUACAGCAAGCCAAAUUUCUCUUUCAUAGCUAGUCGAAAAUUACACUUGCAUUUUUCAUUUCAUUUUUAGUUCUAGCUGUGUGGUAAAACUAAUGUGAUUUAAAGAUGUUGGUUUUCUCUAUGGGUUUGUUUCUAAUUUUAAUUAAUAAAAAUAAUUCAUCAUUGUAUGUAUUAGUACUAAAUUAAUAUUUAGAUCUAAAAAUAUUGGGAAAGUUAUUAAAUGUAUCCAUUCAUUACAUAAAUUAAGUCCUAGACUAUACAUUUAAAUCAUUGUUUAUGCAUUAUAUUAGUAUAACAGAUUGCUAAAUAAUAAUAUUUAGAAUUAUAAUAUUACUUGUUUUAA